UGCACGCGUGUGGGGGAGCCUUGGUAACUGCGUGCGUUUAUGUUUCGGUUGACUGCAUGGAUAGUUGAGAGUUCAAUGAAUGAACCAUCACCGGGCACUUUUAAUUGGCUCAUGUGACAGGUGUGCCAGCCAUAACUGAAACUCGUAUUCAGGAUGACUGUAAUGGAUGACAGUGAUGAUGUUCUGCCUGAUGCCCAGUCUGCAAAAGUUUUCUAUGGGAAGUAUGAACCAAAAGAAGUGCUUGGCAGGGGUGUGAGCUCGACUGUGCGACGCUGCGUGGACAAGGAGUCAGGAGUCGAGUAUGCCGUGAAGAUCAUUGAUAUCAGCGAAGCCGACCAUGGCUCUGACAUUAAAGAGUCAACACACCGGGAGAUUGAAGUUCUGCGCAUGGUACAGGGCCACCCCUAUGUCAUUGAACUGCACGACGUAUUUGAAUCGGAAACGCAUAUAUUCCUGGUAUUUGAACUGCUUAGGCAAGGAGAGCUAUUCGACUACCUCACGACUGUCGUCACAUUGUCCGAGAAAAAGACAAAACACAUCAUGAAACAGCUGCUGGAGGCGCUGCUGCACGUGCACGACAAGUCGGUGGUGCACCGCGACGUCAAGCCCGAGAACAUCCUGCUUGACGACAACCUCGACAUCAAGCUGACCGACUUCGGCUUCGCGCGCAUCCUCCGGCCCGGCGAGGAGCUAUACGAUCUGGUCGGCACGCCGGGGUACCUGGCGCCGGAGUUGCUGCGCGCCAACAUGGUCGAGACGGCACCUGGCUACCGGUUUGAGGUGGACACGUGGGCCUGCGGAGUCGUGAUGUACACACUGCUGGUCGGCUGCCCACCGUUCUGGCACCGCAAACAGAUGGUCAUGCUGCGCAACAUCAUGGAGGGCAAGUACACGUUCGGCUCCCCCGAGUGGGAUGACGUCACAGACGCGCCCAAGGACCUGAUCGGCCGGCUGCUGACAGUGGACCCGGCGCGGCGCAUCACCGUGCGCGAGGCGCUGGCGCACCCCUUCUUCCACCGAGUCACGGACUUCCCGUCCUGCGUGAUCGUGCCACCGGAGGCUGUGAAGGAGCUGCCGCCCCGCCAGGCCCGCGAGCGUCCGUUCUCCGGCCGGCGCACGUUCCGGCUGGCCAUCAACUGCGUGCGCGCCGCCGUGCGCAUCCAGCGGCUCAAGUUCACGCCCGAGGCACUGUCCGUGUCGGUGGCCGUGCUCGACCCGUACCGGCUCAAGUCGCUCAGGAAGAUCAUCGACGCGUGCGCGUUCCGCGUGUACGGGCACUGGGUGAAGAAGGCCGAGGGCCAGAACCGCGCCAUGCUGUUCGAGAACAUACCCAGGACGGACCUGCGUCGCACCGCCCUGGUCGCCGCCAGCUGAGGAUGCGGUUGCUCGGGAGCGUCGGCGGCGUGUCCGCCCGGUGCGUCCCAGACGGCG